GUGAUUGACACAAAACGUAUUACACUACAACCUUGAAGAUUGUUUCUCUGCAUUGGCAAUGUGAUUUGAGUUAACAAGAAUGGUACUUCUCUUUAGCCUCAGUAGUGAGUCCAUCAUCUCAGCUCGAUACUGAGCGUGUGUAAGAAAUAUGUCUGGAGCUGCUGCUUGACAGAUUAGAUACCUGUGUGCACUGCACUUAGUCUAAGGGCCUUAUGUUAUAAAAUGAAACUGGCUGUGCAUACAGUAAAGCACAAGGACACAGAAAUUUAAAAUACCUCUGGAGACAGUCAGGAAGAGGUGCAAGCGGCACUUUGAGUUCAUGGAUGUGAAUGUGAUGGUGAUUCUAGGUUUUGGCUUCUUAUGCACUUUUCCAGUGCGGUAUGGUUUCAGUGGCUCUGGCUUCAACCUCCUUGUGGCUGCCAUAGCCACCCAAUGGGCAAUCAUACUCAAUAAUAUUGAGUCCUUGUAUUACAGAAGAAAGAUCAGACUAGAUAUGGAAAGCUUGGUAGUUGCUGAAUUGUGCACAGCCUCUGCCCUUGUUUCAAUUGGAGCCAUGCUGGGGAAGACCAACCCUGUCCAACUUAUCCUCAUCUCUCUGCUGGAGGUGUCAGGAUUUAUCUUGAAUAAAUGGCUCCUCCAGAGUUUUCUGAAGUUGCAGCUUGUGAACAGCAUCAUGAUGCUUCACAUUUUUGGGGCUUUAUUUGGACUCAUGCUCACCUGGAUCGUCUGUUGGAAGGGAUCAGAGGAGCCAUUUGAAAAAGAGAGAUCUGAUCGCAAAUCUGGAUUAUUCUCCAUGCUGGGGGCUGUGUUUCUCUGGAUGUUUUGGCCUAGUUUUAUUUCAGUGCUUGUGCAUGAUAGUCCUGAGAGGAAGCUAUGGGUCGUGUGCAGCACCUACCUGGCCCUGGCUGUCAGUGCUGUAGUAGCAGUGGUUGUGUCUGUGCUCUCAAGUCCCAAGGGAAAACUCAACCUGAUCCAUAUGCAGUCAUGCAUCUUUGCUGGAGGUGUUGCUGUCGGGGUGUCCAUAUCAGUGGUUCAUCAGCCAUGGGAGGCUAUGACAAUUGGAUUUGUUGCUGCAAUUGUAUCAGCCAUUGGAUUCCGAUACCUCAAGAGCCACAUGCUACUUGCAUUUCACUGCCAUGACACCUGUGCUAUCCUGAGUACACAUGGACUCCCUGGUCUGCUGGGAUGGCUAGCACAUCUCCUCCUGCAGAUUAAAGACUAUGAUGAUCCUACAAUGGCAAUCCGGUUUGCUGUAUUUCACAUUUGUACUCUCCUCAUCACCAUCACUCUAAGUCUGUCCAUGGGAAUCACUACAGGCCUUCUACUCAAGUGGAAUUUCUGGAGACCACCCCAACACAAUAAAUGUUUUGAUGAUCAGGCUUUCUGGGAGUUUCCCCAUCUUGCUGUGCGAAAGUAAAAUGGAGGAGGAAGUGGACCAAGUCUAAUCCUAGAAGUACAGACUAUUUUUGGCAUAAAUUCAUCUAUAUAUUUUCAUAUAAUUAUCUUUAAGGCAGAUUAGAUGUUAGAUGUUUUAUGUUUCCAAGGCUAGAACAAAAAUUAAAGAUGAACUGUAAAAAAAAAAGAGGCAUAAAGACUUAUUUACUCCUCAGUAUGUUCAUGUUUAAUGCUGCAAGAAACUCACCUCAUGGUUUGGAUGCUACAGACGUGAAAUGGAUAAGUGUUGCAGUUAAAUACCAAUCUCCAGUACAGAAAUGACACCCUACAGCUGUGAAGCCUCUGUUGACCUCAGAUCAGCAGUGCAAGCUCAUUAAAUUUCAACAAUAUAUCCAGAUGAUAUUUCAGGAAAAAUACAAAUGACCCACAUAGUUACCUUCUGGAAGUAUGUACUGUAUAUGUAGAGUAUUAUGAAACAUUUCUCUGAAUGUUUUGUACCACCAUAAUUUAUGGGGACUUUUUCACUCAAUAAACAGUUCAACUUAAAGUAUGUCAAACAAGCCAGUAUACCCAAAAUAAAUGUGGACAGUUUAUAGAAAUAAAUCUCCCAAAAUAUACAUUUUGUUAAACACAAUAUACCAACAUGGCUAUACAGUCUGAGUGCAAAUAGGCACAUUCAAGAUGUGCCACAUUUGAUAAUAUUCACUCUUUCAGGGACUCUAUGAAAAUGUGUGCUUGGUUAUGAUUUAGCCAUUAUACAGCAAAAGAUAUAAAUUAAACAUAUUAAUUUGAAAGCUAAAAAGUUGCUAUACUUAGUGAAUAAUCACUAAAGCAUACAGUAUAGAAAGCAGAGUAUAUAACAGUGGACAUAAAGACACACAGUCCAUUACUGCCACAGAUCCUCUGUACGUCCAAACUUGAAGACCAAACCCCUAAA